CCUCACGGGCUUCCUCCUUCCUCUCCACCCCAUCUCCCCAGGUUCCCCAUGGAGUCCCUGCUCGCUGUGCCCUGCAUUAUUGUCUGUGUAUAUAUUUGGUCAUACUUCUAUAUAGCAGAGAUUUCCCUCCUAAAGCCUUGAGAGCCUCUGCCUUUUGAAAUCUUGCUCAUUGUUAGCUCAAAUGUCACCUCCUCCAGGAAGCCAUUCCUUAUGUCCCCCUCACCAUCCACCAUCAUCAAUGCCAUUUUCUCCAUUGUUGUGGCACAUUAUUUAUACCGUCCUUCUGUCAUGACUCAUUUUUACUAUUCUUCAGAUCAUAGAUGUUUUCUUGUCCAUCUGUCUUACCUAGACUCUGACCUGCUUGAGUGUCAAAAUUGCCCUUCCUUGUUUUCUUCCUCCAGUGACUGGUACAGAGCUUGGUACAUAGUAGAUAUCAAUAAACAUUUGUCAAAUGGGAUUAAUAAUCCAAUAUCUCUUUGUACAUCCUCUCUAUGUGUCAAGCACUAUGUCAUAUGCUUUACUUAGCUUAACUCAUUGCAUCUUCUCAACAACUCUGUGAGAUAGGUAUAUCAUCCUCAUUUUACAGAUGAGGGACCUGGAGCUCAGAGAGGUUAAACAACUUGCCCAAGGGCACACAACUGGUUAUAAGACCCUCCUCAAGUGCCUAUCGGGUAAAUUCUGCCGCCGGGAGCUGAUUGGCAUCAUGGGCCCCUCAGGGGCUGGCAAGUCCACGUUCAUGAACAUCUUGGCAGGAUACAGGGAGUCUGGAAUGAAGGGGCAGAUCCUGGUCAACGGGAGGCUGAGGGAGCUGAGGACCUUCCGAAAGAUGUCCUGCUAUAUCAUGCAGGAUGACAUGCUACUGCCGCACCUCACAGUGCUAGAGGCCAUGAUGGUCUCUGCCAACCUGAAGCUGAGUGAGAAGCAGGAGGUGAAGAAAGAACUGGUGACAGAGAUCCUGACAGCACUGGGCCUGAUGUCCUGCUCCCACACGAGGACAGCCCUGCUCUCUGGCGGGCAGAGGAAGCGCCUGGCCAUCGCCCUGGAGCUGGUCAACAACCCGCCUGUCAUGUUCUUUGAUGAGCCCACCAGCGGUCUGGACAGCGCUUCUUGUUUCCAAGUGGUUUCCCUCAUGAAGUCCUUGGCCCAUGGGGGCCGCACUGUCAUCUGCACCAUCCACCAGCCCAGUGCCAAGCUCUUUGAGAUGUUUGACAAGCUCUACAUCCUGAGCCAGGGUCAGUGCAUCUUCAAGGGCAUGGUCACCAACCUGAUCCCCUACCUUAAGAGGCUGGGCUUACACUGCCCCACCUACCACAACCCAGCCGACUUCAUCAUUGAGGUGGCCUCUGGGGAGUACGGAGACUUGAACCCCAUGCUGUUCAGGGCUGUGCAGAAUGGGCUUUGUGCCAUGGCUGAGAAGAAGAGCAGCCCGGAGAAGGAUGAGGUCCCUGCCCCCUGCCUCACUUCCCCUCAGGAAGUGGAUCCCAUUGAAAGCCACACCUUUGCCACCAGCACCCUCACCCAGUUCUGCAUCCUCUUCAGGAGGACCUUCUUGUCCAUCCUCAGGGACACGGUGAGGCAUCAAGCUGGGGGACAGGAGGUCCUGACCCACCUGAGGUUUGUGUCCCACGUGCUGAUUGGCGUGCUCAUUGGUCUCCUCUACCUGCAUAUUGGCGACGAUGCCAGCAAGGUCUUCAACAACACCGGCUGCCUUUUCUUCUCCAUGCUGUUCCUUAUGUUUGCUGCCCUCAUGCCAACCGUGCUCACCUUCCCCUUAGAGAUGGCAGUCUUCAUGCGGGAGCAUCUCAACUACUGGUACAGCCUCAAAGCGUACUACCUGGCCAAGACCAUGGCCGACGUGCCCUUUCAGGUGGUGUGCCCAGUGGCGUACUGCAGCAUCGUGUACUGGAUGACAGGCCAGCCAGCAGAGACCAGCAGGUUCCUGCUCUUCUCAGCCCUGGCCACUGCCACUGCCUUAGUGGCCCAGUCUUUGGGACUGUUGAUUGGAGCUGCGUCCAACUCCCUACAGGUGGCCACUUUUGUGGGCCCAGUAACUGCCAUCCCUGUCCUCUUGUUCUCCGGAUUCUUUGUCAGCUUCAAGACCAUCCCCACGUACCUGCAGUGGAGCUCUUACCUCUCCUAUGUCAGGUAUGGCUUUGAGGGUGUGAUCCUGACCAUCUACGGCAUGGAGCGUGAGCAGCUGUCAUGCUUAGAGGAAUCCUGCCAGUUCCAGGACCCGAGGAGUAUCCUGCAGGCUCUGGAUGUGGAGGAUGCCAAGCUCUACAUGGACUUUCUAGUCUUGGGCAUCUUCUUCCUGGCCCUUCGGCUGCUGGCAUACCUUGUGCUCCGUUACCGGGUCAAGUCUGAGAGAUAGAGCCUUGCCCUGGCCUUGCCCAGCCCCCGCAGCAGAAAACCUUCAGCCUCAGCCCUUUGGGACUGUUUUAAUCUUAUAGACUUGGGCACUGGUGUCUGGUGCAGUGCCCUCCCCUCCCUUUGAAUGCUCCAGACCAGCUGUUGGACUGUACUGCCAGCUGCCAGCCACCAGCUGUGGCCCUGGUGUGGGAACUCCAGGACACCCACCAUGCCCAGGAGCCUGGCAUGGGCAAGGUUGAUGCAGUUUGUAGCUUCCUCCCUUCUCUGUUCACCACCUGCAUGCAAAGACCACUGGGAGGCUGCCACCCUCCUUCUUGUCCUUGGCACCCUUCUCUGUUGUCUGCCUGGGAGCCAUGGAAUCUCUGGGGUCCCACUUACAACUGACCAAAGUGGCUCCCUCUGGGGGUCUCUACAACACCAGUGUUUGUAAACUGGGCUGCUGUAAGGUUGGAGCUCCAGGGCUGGACCCUGGUGGAGUCUCCUGGGAGUCUUGUCCUGGAUGUUGUGAUGGAGCAGGGAGGGGCUCUGGAAGUCUCUUCUUCCUCCUACCUCUCUCAAACUCUCAGACACCUGGCUGAUGUGGACAGUCUGCUGGGACAGAAGCUGGAUUUUCUGUCUGGGUCACCAUCCCCAAUCCUGGGGAUUGGACAGGCCAUUGGAUGUUCUGUUCCCCUUGGUCAGGAGCAGGGAUGGGGGCAUUCUGCAAUACUGUCUGUGAUUCUCUCCCACUGGCCACUGCAACUGGAGAAUGCACUUUAUUUCGGAGGGUGAGAGGGGAGAAAACCCAGCCUUCCCUUCUUGCUCCUGACACAUGGUUCCACACACUCUCUCCCCUCUCAGAGUUAUGGGCGCAUACAUGCAAGCAGGCAAUCUCAGUCCCCCACAGGCUCCACCCCGAUGGCUCACAGGAAGACCGGAGGUGGCAUGGCAGUGAUGGCAGUGGGUGCUGUGGAGAGGGCAGUGCCAACCUCCUCCUGGGGAUCCCAUGCUGGAAACUAAGGAUGGGGCUGGUAUUGCCCCGGUAGGCUCCAGGAUCUGGAAGUGUCAACCCCCCAGUCUUCCUCCCAAGCCAGGGGUUGGCACUGGGCACAAGCCUCCUGGAGUCAUUCAGGAGCCAACAAGCACAAGCAGGGGCAUAAGUUGGCCUUGACUCUCGCCACCUCACAGCCCUCCUUUUGUGCUCUAAGCUGGCAUUUUCACUCUCUUACGCCUUGCCCAGCUGCCUGGCCUUCCCAUCAGCGGGUGGCCCCUCAGCAUCAGAACAACAAGCCUUGGGCACCCAGGUGGCAGACGCACCUACAGCAUGUCUGACUCUCCAGGUGGGCCUGGGAUCAUUCUGAUUUCCCCUCCCCAGGGGUCUCCCCUUACUCCUGUACACACACCUCUCCCCCUCCCUGAUCUUCCAUCCACAGAGAUGCCAGUUGUAUUGGUGGGAUUUCACCCAUUAUUAAUAAAACCUAUAUUUAUACAGUA